AUGUGUAAGGAUCCUUGGUCAACGGCAAAUAAGAUAGAUACAACUGCCACACUCUUUGCUGGUGAAGGCCGGGCUGUGAACAGCACUCCAACAGUCAAUGAAAGUGUCGAGUUCCACUUUGUCAUCGACGGCAAGGUGCGGACCUUGUCCAGCCAGAAUACUUCUGAUGAAGGAGGGACUAUAACAGGCCUUUUCUUCGUCCCCACUCUCGACAAGAAGGAUCCGUGCAAUGAGGCUACGGCGCGAUAUGUGCCUUCAAAUGUGACCCGGCAAGAGGACGUGGCCGACUACGGAUACAAGCUCAUCGGGCUGGCUCCAUGGAUUUCUGUGAACUGUACUCAGGCCUAUUUCGCCGCUGCUCGCGCUGCAGAUGCAGGGGCGAUGGUUGUUUACCGGCCAACAGACAACCAGACUAAAAAGCCUCCUAUCCCGCAGAGCAACUCUUGGAACCUCGACGAUAAGGGGCUCUGGAGAUCUCAGAACCACUACCCAGUCUACGCAAUUCCAGGGCCGUCGGGAAACUACUUGAUGGACCAACUCGCCUUGUACUCGGGAAACAAGACACUAGACUCUAUCUAUGGCAACGCGAGCCAUGCCAAUUCCACGAACAUUUCACCAUUUGGUCAACUGGGGGACAUCAGACUUUUCACGAUGAUCUACCUGCAGCCAGCGAGCACGGUGUUUUGGCCAACUUGGCUGGUUGUCUUGGUCAUUUUUGUAGUCAUAACGAUCUUCGUCGUUUGGUGGUUAGUACACUGUCGUCAUUGGUUCCAGCAGGAGGAACUUCUUACAAACAGAAGAGGAAGAGAACUGGUCAGACAGGAGAAUUUCGAGCGUCACCGCAUGAGAAGACUCAGAGAGCAGAAAGUACCCCGGGAGAUUCUCGAAAGCCUUCCCUUAUACAAGUAUCCGGACCUCGCCGUCCCGCAGCAAGCGAUUCUAGCCGAAGAAUGUCGUUCCAAGGCUCUGCUUCACGAAGACAAGACCACUGACCCUGCUCCAAAGCGGAGUACCUUUGCCUUUUGGAGAGAAAUCAACGGGCCCAACUCUGAAGACCUUAUUUUGCCUGCACCUUCUACAGUGACGACUCGGGGUGCCGGCUUGUCUGCAGAAGGUGAAUUGAAAGAAGAGCCAAAGGGUUGCCAGCCAUGGAAAACGCAGACGACCUGUGCGAUCUGUCUGGAUGAAUUUACCGCCGGCGAGUCCAUGGUUAGAGAGCUACCCUGUAACCAUAUCUUCCACUCUGCGUGCAUUGAUCGCUUCCUUAUGCAGAGAGGCAAUUUUUGUCCCCUAUGCAAGAAGAGUGUCCUACCGGAAGGGUAUUAUCCCCAUCUACCAGCGGUCCUCCCCAUGCAGCCUCCUCCUAUGCAGAACACCUCUAGAUUCUCUGUAUUCUAG